GAGAAGCAUUGAUUUGUUGUUCCACUCAUUUAUGCUUUCAUUGGUUGAUUCUUGUAUGUGCCUACUGGGAACUGAAUUCACAACCUUGGAGUAUCAGGACGACCCUCCAACCAACUAGCUUCCCGGCCAGGGUUUAAUUCAGGAAUACUGUGCUUAUCACUCUACAUAGUUUCAGCUUGACAGCUAAAUGACUUUUGUGCCAGUGAUACCGGAGUCCUACACCCAUGUUCUUGCCGAGUUUGAGUCUCUGGAUCCACUACUUUCAGCCCUAAGGCUGGACUCUAGUCGUCUAAAGUGUACGAGCAUAGCUGUGUCUCGGAAAUGGUUGGCUUUGGGCAGUUCAGGAGGAGGUCUCAACCUCAUUCAAAAAGAAGGCUGGAAGCACAGGCUCUUUCUUUCACACAGGGAAGGUGCAAUUUCUCAGGUUGCCUGUUGUUCACAUGAUGAUGAUUAUGUUGCUGUAGCUACCAGUCAAGGUCUUGUAGUUGUUUGGGAAUUAAAUCAAGAGCGUCGUGGCAAACCAGAACGAAUUCAUGCGUCUUCCGAACACAAGGGCCGAAAAGUUACAGCUCUCUGUUGGGAUACAGCGAUUCUUAGAGUUUUUGUAGGUGAUCAUAUGGGAAAAGUUUCAGCCAUCAAACUCAACACUUCUAAACAAGCAAAGGCAACUGCUACCUUUGUAAUGUUUCCUGUUCAGACAAUAACAACAGUUGACUCCUGUGUCGUCCAGUUAGAUUAUUUGGAUGGAAGACUACUUAUAUCUUCACUCACGCGAUCCUUCUUGUGUGACACUGAGAGAGAAAAAUUUUGGAAAAUUGGAAACAAGGAAAGAGAUGGAGAAUAUGGUGCUUGUUUCUUCCCUGGAAGAUGUUCUGUGGGCCAGCAACCGCUAAUAUAUUGUGCUCGUCCUGGCUCCAGGAUGUGGGAAGUGAACUUUGAUGGGGAAGUUAUAAGUACACAUCAGUUCAAGAAACUCCUCUCAUCACCACCUCUUCCUGUGAUUACUCUAAGAUCAGAACCUCAGUAUGAUCAUACAGUUGGAUCCUCUCAGUCUUUGUCUUUCCCCAAACUCUUGCAUCUUAGUGAGCAUUGUGUGUUGACUUGGACAGAAAGAGGAAUUUAUAUUUUCAUUCCUCAGAAUGUUCAAGUUCUUCUUUGGAGUGAAGUCAAAGAUAUUCAGGAUGUGGCUGUCUGCAAGAAUGAGCUGUUCUGUUUGCACCUAAAUGGGAAAAUCUCACAUCUCUCCCUCUUAUCUGUGGAACGCUGUGUGGAACGCCUGCUAAGGAGAGGCCUAUGGAACCUGGCUGCUCGCACUUGCUGUCUUUUCCAAAAUUCUGUCAUUGCCGGCAGAGGAAGAAAAUCUUUGACUGUAGAUAAAUUGGAGCAUUUGAAAUCUCAGCUGGACCUUACAACCUACAGUGAUUUGAUUUCUCAACUGGAAGAAUUGAUCUUAAAAUUUGAACCUUUGGAUUCAGCUUGCAGCAGUAGAAGAAGCUCCAUUUCUUCACAUGAAAGUUUCAGCAUCUUGGACUCUGGUAUUUAUCGUAUCAUUAGUGGUAGAAGAGGCAGUCAGUCAGAUGAAGACUCUUGUUCCCUUCACAGCCAAACCCUCUCAGAAGAUGAGAGACUUAAAGAAUUCAUCUCACAUCAAGAAGAGGAACAGCCAGAUCAGUGUUGCAGCUCACAAGGAAAUGAAGACAAUGUUUCUCAUGUUCCAGUGACGUUUGAGACAGAUAAGAAUGACACUUUUCUCCCCUUCAGUAUUCCAUUACCAUUUCGCUCUCCAUCUCCUCUUGUGUCUCUUCAGGCUGUGAAAGAAAGUGUUUCUAGCUUUGUGCGUAAAACUACUGAGAAGAUUGGCACCCUUCAUACAAGCCCUGAUCUGAAAGUGAGACCAGAACCCAGGGGUGAUGAACAGUUAUGUGAAGAAGAUGUGAGUCCAGUCACAUGCCCAAAGGAGGAAGACACUGAGGAAGUAAAAGAAGUAUCUAGUCAACCUCCAGAAGAAGAUAAAUUCCAAGAACUCAAAAUAGCCACAGCAGAAGCACUGACCAAGCUACAGGACCCACUGGUUUUAUUUGAACCGAAGUCUCUGAGAAUGGUUUUACAGGAGUGGCUUUCACUGUUAGAAAAAACAUUUGCCAUAAAAGACUUUUCAGGCAUUUCAGCCACUGGCAACUCAUCCAUGACAUCGAAUGAGGAUGUACUGUUGUUUGAUGAGUCAAAAACUGGAAUAUUAGAUGAAGAUAAUGAAAAAGAAAAGGGCUCUUUAGGCAGUGAAGAAACUAUUGAUCAAAAGGCAUGCGAAUCUGUAAAUAGUCUGAGGGAGCCCAUGGAUGACCUUUUUCAAGUAUAUUCCCCAUGCAACAUAGCAAACAGUUUUCGAAAGGACCUGGCUGAGUUGACAACAUUGUGUUUGGAAUUGAAUGUACUGACUUCUGAGAUCAAAAGCACAAGUGGACAUGUGGAUUAUACUUUGCAACAGUGCUCUCCUGAAAUUCUGGCUUGUCAGUUCCUAAAGAAGUACUUUUUUCUCCUGGACUUGAAGAGAGCAAAGGAGAGUGUCAAGCUUAGUUACACUGACAGUCCUUGUGUUUGGGAUACUUUUAUUGAAGGAUUGAAAGAAAUGGCGAGUUCCAAUCCUACAUAUAUGGCAAUGGAAGAAGGAGAUCUACCAUCAAGAUUAAAGCUAGUGGAUGACUCGGUCCCUUUUGACAGUCCUUUGUUGAUUGCUUAUGCUACCCAAUUGUAUGAGAAGUUCGGGGAAUCUGCCCUUCGAUCCUUAAUCAAGUUUUACCCAUCUAUUUUGCCUUCGGAUGUCUUGCAACUUUGUCAUCAUCAUCCUGCUGAGUUUUUGGCCUAUUUAGACAGUCUGGUGAAAUCAAGGCCUGAAGAUCAACGGCAAUCCUUCCUUGAGUCCCUUCUACAACCAGAGUCUUUAAGAUUGGAUUGGCUGCUUUUGGCAGUGUCCCAUGAUGCUCCCCCAAGCACAAGCACUAUGGAUGAUGAAGGAAACCCCAGGCCUCAUUCACACUUGUUUUCCUGGGGUUACAGUCAGCUGAUUCUUUAUCUAAUUAAACUACCUGCAGAUUUUACAACCAAAGAGAAAAUGACUGACAUCUGCAGUUCUAGUGGUUUCUGGCCUGGAUAUCUUACUCUCUGUUUGGAGCUGGAGAGAAGAAGAGAGGCCUUCACCAACAUUGUGUAUUUGAAUGAUAUGAGCCUGAUGGAAGGGGACAGUGGUUGGAUCCCAGAGACCGUGGAGGAAUGGAAGCUUCUUCUACUCCUUGUACAGAACAAAAGCACAAAGCCAGCACCCCAAAAGUCACCAAAUGGGAACUUCAGUGAUGGGCCUUCCCCUAUCAAUGUGGAGAAUGUGGCACUGCUGUUAGCUAAGGCCAUGGGUCCAGAUCGGGCCUGGUCACUGCUACAGGAAUGUGGCUUGACACUUGAGCUGUCAGAGAGGUUCACCAGAACCUGUGAUAUCCUAAGGAUUGCUGAGAAAAGACAGAGAGCCUUGAUACAAAGCAUGCUUGAAAAAUGUGAUCGGUUUUUCUGGUCUCAGCAGGCCUAGUGGAAGAAGAUUCAAUAGGAUAUCAUGACAUUUUGAGAAAAAUGGAAUCAUGCUUCUGAAUCUUACAAAUGCAUUUAUUGAAGGAGAGACACCACCUGAAAAACCUGCCACCUUAUUGGGAGUACUUUGGCCAGUGUCUAUAAACUCUGUAUUUAUGGCUUAUCUGUGGCCUCAGUGUUUCUCAUCCAGAGUUGAAUUUUGAAAGGAAUCAGUCCUUGUUUACCGAUAUGAAGUGUAUUGGAAUCAGAAUGAGUGUUGACAGUCUGCAGUCCUUAUUCUGAACAACAGUGUUAUUUAUUCCUUGCUUAUGGAUUGCGGGAUCAGAUAUUUCUUAUUCCAGUCACAUUAAGACAAAUAAUAUAAUUGACAGGAGUUGAAUUCUUUUUAUAUCUUGUUUGGGACAGUUGAGAAAUUAUUGAAAUAUGACCUGGUGUAGUGGAAUUAACAUAUGAAAGAAGUAAAACACUGCAGACUCAAAUGAGAUAUUUAAAUGAAAUGGCCCCAUAUUUAAUUUGAGCUCAUUUAAAAUAUGUUUUAUCCAGUAUUUGACAUUUUCUAAUCUUAACCUAUAUAUAACUGACUAAUUCAUUACUGGAAAUGUUUUAUCUCUGAUCUUUCCUAAACAGUGAGUAGUUCAAAGAAAUCAUGCACUUUUAGAAAAUAUUUUUUAAGUCACAAUAAAGGAAGGCUAAGUACUAAUAAAGACUGAAGCAAGUACUUAUAUUAUUUAAGCCAAUUACUAGAUUGCCAAUUGUCAGGCUCCUGUACAUUUACACAGCAUGUUAUAUUAAUAAUAAAUGUAAAAUCUGAUUAAAGUUUUCAUUUGAAUAGACUAUAGACAUGAAGUUUAUUAUGAACAAUUUGCAGGAGGGUGUUGGGUAGACUCAGUGUGGAGUAAGCAAAGUGUUGGGUACAUUGAAUGAUUCUUUUUUUUUUUUUUCAGUUAUAACACAGCCAGAGAUCCAUAGACAAAAUU